AUGGCGUCGUUAUUCAAUUCUUCCCGCUCAACACUCACUGGCAACGCCGCCCCCGACUAUUCGGAAAAUACCUUUAUUCUCCCAGACUUUCCGGUGUCACUGGACUUCCAGCCGGAUCGUAACGCCGUGAAUCUGCUCCCCACGCCGUACCCCGAGUCUCCUCUCAACGGUCUUGAUCCCAUGGAUGUGGCGUUUCCUCCAAGGAUCAAUCUAGGAAGUGUUGGACAACCGGCGGAAGUAGGGCCCAUCCACCGUCCAUCCAGCUCCCUCUCGCACCUAGGCAAUCCCAUUAUUGUGCGCCAUCCAUAUGCACGAGAGCCCCCGACCUGGAAUGCUACGUUUGCUCCGCUGGAUCGCCAGGUACAAGCGGACGAACGAUCCACCUCCAGAGCGACGGGCUAUAUGAGCGAAGUCGUCGACCAAUCAAUGCACAGUACACCCAGCGAACGACCCAGCAUUUUCCGUGCCCCAGCCCCAUUGCAAAUCCCAGACAGCUUUCGAUGCAAGUGGGCGGGGUGUCGAAGCUCUCGCCAGUUCCAUCGGGUGGGUGACCUCAUUCGUCACCUGCGAACGAUACAUAUCUCGCCCACGGCAUUCACAUGCCCUGAAACUGACUGUGGAAAGUCUUUUGGAAGACGCGACCACCUAUCGGAACAUGUUAAACGACGUCAUGGCGGCUGA